CACGCGGGGUCCGGCAGCAAGAGCCCCCAGGCGAGGCAUGGAGCCCCCCCCCGAGUGCCCGCAGGAGACCCCCGCCCUCACGGAGGCAGCCGCCGAGUUCCUGAGCCUCAUCGGGCCGGAGGAGCUGGAGCGCUGCCUGUUCGCCGAGACGCUGGAGGUGGUGGCAGCGGGCGGGCGGCCAGGGGAUCAGCCGAGGGGCCAGUGGUGGGUGGCAGCCAGGUGGGCACCCUACGAGCGGGCGGGUGAGCCGGUGCGGAGCUGCCUCCUGGUACAAGGCGGCUCCCGCGGCAGGCAGGACGGCGUGCCCUUCUCCACCGCCCUCAAAGCCUAUGUGACCCCACAGCUGGAGACCCUGGAGCAGGAGGAGCUGGAGCAGGUGGAGCUCAAAGCACGCCCUGUGGAGAGGAGGACCCACAUGGUGAGCCACCAGCAUGGGAUCACUGUCACCAAGACCCUCCGGGAGGGAGAGGAAGAGACGCAGCGCUGGAGUUUCUCUUACAGCAAGGCAGAGCUGCAGGGACUGCUGCCAGAGGGUGCCAGCCUCCUGCUGCUGCGGGUGCUGGCGUGCCAGCGGGCAGUGCCCUCAGGCCUCGUCUUCCCAGCCAUCGACACUGAGGGCCACCUCUGUACCUCCAGCUACUGUGCCCUGGGCAUCCAGCAGCAGGUGGUGGGCUCGGUGGAGGCAGAGGUGUUUGUGAUCGAGCGAGCCGUGGUCACCGGCACGGGCAUCUCCACCGUCUGGCACAGCAGCUUCCUUCGCAGCGGGUACGGAGGGGGGUCUGUUGGGGGCACCGCCAGCCCUGCCAGCCUGGCAGGGACCCAGGAGAGGGUCACCAGUUCUUCCUGCAGGCGUUUGGCCCGGCUGGUGCAGGUUGGUUGCCCAAUGCUGAUGCUUCUGCAGGAUGAGUCCAUCCUCAGUGAGACAGGCAGGGUCAAGCCCCGGACCCCCUUCCCCAAACAGCCCCUGGACUGGGAGGAGGACAUCCAGCUCUACUCCUGGUUCCUGGACAGGAAGGAGGAACUGCAAGCGUCCCACACCGCCUACGUCCAGCAGCAUCCCGAGCUCCAGGCGCUGCUGGCUGACUUCCUCCAUGCCCUGCUCCUCCAGCAGCCCCAUGACCCUGUCUCCUUCGCCGUCCAAUUCUUCUCCUUCCAGCACCCCCCUGGGACCCCCUUCACCUCCAGGGCUGCCAGCCCCCUCCCCAGCCCCCUGCAUGGCCACCCUCCAGCUAACAGGGAAUAAAGCUGCCAG